UAGACACUUACGUGUGUGCCAUCUUGUUUUACAGUUGUCGAAGAAGCUCAGCUAGCUAGCCGUGUAUAGAAAAUAGCAUUUGGCGGGCAAUAUUCUGCUAAUAGGUUAUUGUAACAAAGAUUGUGUUAUAUACCGCUACUAUUUACAUCUAUAAAUCACGUUUAAUGGCGUUAUAGUUAGACACAUCGAUUGUGUAAGCUAGCUUUAUCAGUUAGCUAAAGGCUAAUUUCCCGCAUUUGUGAAUCAACAGCGUGGGCUUACACAUUAUGGCUAACAACACUGUCGCCGGGAAUCAGCAACAACCACAGGCCGUCACCAAGAUUGGCCCUAAUGCUGGAAAACAUGGCAACAACUUGCCUCUCUGGGGCAACGAAAAGACUAUGAACUUGAACCCUAUGGUUCUUACCAACGUACUAUCAUCUCCUUAUUUCAAGGUUCAGCUGUAUGAAUUGAAAACCUACCAUGAGGUGGUGGACGAAAUCUAUUUCAAGGUAACUCAUAUUGAGCCAUGGGAGAAAGGCAGCAGGAAGACUGCUGGACAGACUGGAAUGUGCGGAGGGGUGCGUGGAGUUGGGACUGGCGGCAUUGUGUCUACAGCCUUCUGCCUGUUGUAUAAACUGUUCACCCUCAAGCUGACCCGCAAACAGGUGAUGGGUCUCAUCACUCACAACGACUCCCCCUACAUCAGGGCGCUUGGCUUCAUGUACAUACGAUAUACUCAGCCCCCUGGGGACCUGGUCGACUGGUAUGAUAGUUUCCUGGAUGAUGAGGAGGAACUGGAUGUGAAGGCCGGAGGGGGCUGUGUUAUGACCAUCGGAGAGAUGGUCCGCUCCUUCCUUACCAAGCUGGAGUGGUUCUCAACACUCUUUCCGCGAAUCCCGGUGCCCGUGCAGAAGAUGAUCGACACGCAGAUGAAGGCACGGCCCCGGAAGGUUCCGGAGAAGGUGGAGGAGCUGGAGGAGCCAGCGCCGGAGGAGGGGCGUAGACGCUCAAGGAGCCCCAGACGGACCCCGAGCCCCAGGAGGUCCCCGAAACGGUCAAGGAGUAGGAGCUACCACCGCGAACGAGAGCGCCACGGUCCGAGCUUCGACCGUGAGCUGGAGAGGGAGCGUGACCGUCAGAGGAAGGAGAGGGAGGGUAAGGAUGGAGACAGGAGAGGAGGUGACAGGGACAGGGGAGGGGACAGGGACAGGGGAGGAGAGAGGGAGAGGAGACGGUCCCGGAGCGCCGACCGUACCCGGGAUCGUCGCAGGAGUCGCAGCAGCACCAGGGAACACAAGGGGGAACGUAAAGACAAGGAGAAAGAACGGGAGAAAGACAAGGAGGGGGGAGGGGGGGAGAAUGACCGGAGCAGGAGGAAGGACAGGGAUCACCACAAAGACCGGGGCAGUGACAGGGAGAUAGACAGGUCUAGGGACAAGAGGAGCAAGGGGGAGAGUGAGGACAGGAGGUACAAGGAAGAUAGGGAGGAGAGGAGGGCUCACAGGGACGACAGGAAGGCCAAGCGCUCCAGCCGGAGCGGGAGCAGGGAAAGGAGGCACAAGGAGAAGUCCAAGAAGAGAGAAGUCCAUGAAGAGAGCGGGAGUAAGGGCAGGGCCGAUGGGGAGGAGAAGAGCAGGAAGGGGGAACGCAGCCAGGAGCGGAGGGAGGGGGAACAGCGCUCACACAAACGUAGUCGCAGCAAAGAGCGGAGCCAGCGGCCACGAGAGCCAAGCAAUGGGAAGGACCACGGUAAGGACCAUGGGAAGGACCACGGGAAGGACCAUGGGAAACACGGGGAGUGCAGGAAGAGCCAGAGCACAGAGAGAGGAGAGAGGACAACGCACAGCAGCAGGGCUGAGUCCCCCUAGCGUCUGUCUGUCCUCACAACCAUGCCUCCCUCUUCCUUUUUUUUUUUUUUAAUUGUGUAGUCUGUCACUUAUGUUAAAAAGAGAAAAAACAUUAGCACGAGAAAACACCUGGACUUGUCGUCUUUGGCCAACGUAAUGUUGCUUUAUGUAGUACCUUCUCUUUCUAUCUCUGCCUUUCUCAUCCCUUUCUAGACCAGUGUUAUUCUUCACUUGAGACAGUGGUAUUUGAAGAAAAGCAUUUUAAUUUUUAUAUGGUAAUCUUUUUUUUUUUUUUUUUCUGGAAAGUUCCAAAUUGCUUUGUACAUAUGGGUCUGAGAAUGUUUUAAAUCCUACAGAGCAGCCUCCGAAAGAUAAAUUUGUACCACGCACUGAGCCGUGUUGAAAUUGUGCUGUGUUUGGUUAAUUGCUCUGUUGCAUUUUUGUUUUCUAAUAAAACAACUUUUACGAAAGGA